GUAACACUCGCACACCCAUUCGGGUAUAGAUGCACGUACUUAUAGACUCUUGGCAACGACUGGUGCUGCGUUGUGGUCCGGUUCGUGUUUUGCACAGCGCCGGAGGAGAAUACACGCCGUCAAUCGUUUAAUCAGCCAGAAACGAGAGUUUAUAGGAGACGAGUCUCAUUGACAAGAGAGAAACUGGGAUUAAAUGGGGGAGAAAUGAUAUCGGUUGAGAUGACAUGCUGAAACUGAAAUGAGUGACACUGAUUGGUCAGACUGAAAUAUAUGAUGGAGGGGCAGUCCCUGCUGGAUCUGGGUCAUCUGACCGAGACAGAGCAAGAAGCCAUUUUAAAGGUGCUGCUGAGAGACGCAGAGCUACGCAGCAAGGAGGAAAAACGACUCAGGAAGAUCCAGCAGACUGCAGUGGACCCUAAGCACUUUCGCUCCCUGUCAGGGGCGUGGUUUAGAGAGGAACGAGCGAAACGACACCAGAAGGGCGGAGUCGACAUCGUCCACGCCUCAUUACGGCUGAAGGGGCGGGACAAAGAUUUGCCUUUGGAAGGAGUGUUUCAGAGACAGGGAAAGCAAAAAAAUUUGUUGCCUGAAGAAGAUUGUAAAGAAGAGGAAGAGGUUGUAGUGGAGCAGGAGACAGGAGAAGAAGAAGAGGAGAAGACAGGAGAAGAGCAAAGGGGAGAAAGUCCUGAAGUGCAGGUGUCCCCAGUACCACGACCCAGGACCAGAAAGCCCCAGCCACAGGAGGUCACAAAGGACAAGACUCCACAAUUCAUAGAUAUAGAGGACAACAGACUGCUCCACCCAUACUCAUCGUUACAGGUGCAGGGGGAUGUAUCAGACAGUGACACAGACUUCAGUAGGAAUGAUCUGAACCAGAAUAAACUGGGAUCCAUCAUCAGUCUGCGGUCUAAUAACACGUUCAGUGGCAGUAUGAUGAGUUUGUUCAGUGUUGGAGAUUAUGGAGGUGUGGUCGUAACUGGGCAGAUCCAGUUUGCCUUGCAGUAUGAUACCAAGAAGGAGGAGCUUCAUGUGCGAGUGGUCCGCUGCCAAGACCUUGCCCCAGCCCGCAAGAACCGCUCUGACCCGUAUGUCAAGGUUUACCUCCUCCCAGACAACACAUCUCGCAGCAAGAGAAAGACCUCGGUGAAGAAGAAAACUCUGAACCCUGUCUAUGACGAAACCUUGAGAUAUAAAGUACGCAGGCCUGACUUGAAGGCACGUGUGCUCAGCGUUUCUGUCUGGCACCAGGAGAGAGUGAAGAGAAACGUCUUUCUGGGUGAGGUGGAGGUGCCGCUGAGUCGGUGGGACUGGGGACAGAGCCAGCCCACCUGGCACAACCUCCAACCCAGGGUUCAGAUCAGUUCUGAUGCCAUCAGCAGCAGAGGGACUAUUUUGAUGUCCCUAAAGUUCAUACCACCUGGCUCUGAAGGCGACGGCCUUCCUGUGACAGGUGAACUUCAUAUUUGGCUACGGGAGGCAGUUGGACUCCUUCCAACCAAACGUGGAGCACCAAACACUUUCAUUAAAAGUGUGGUGUUACCGGAUGAGGGUGGAUUUAGUGGUCAGCAGACGCGUAUGAUUCGUGGUACAGUCAGUCCUCUCUUUAACCACACAAUGGUGUAUGACGGUCUCCAUGCCAGUGACCUCCCUCAGGCCUGUGCAGAGGUCACUGUGUGGGCCACACACACACACUCCACAUACUGUCUUGGAGGAGUCCGACUCAGCACCGGCACGGGUACCAGCUACGGUCAAGAUGUCGACUGGAUGGACUCUACCGAAGAAGAGACAAGCGUUUGGAAAACAGUCAUUAAGAACCCGAACACCUGGGUGGACACGGCGCUACCAAUCAGAACCAACCUGCAGGCUCGGCACGAAUAGCUCCUGAAUUCAGAAUGCAUUAGCCAUAUGAGCAGAUAGGAAGAGAGAGAGGGAAAAAAAACCCCAACUCUCAUCUAACUAAAAUAAACACGACUGUCUGUGUUUUCAGCAUUAGAGGCUUGGACCAGUUCACAGUGGCAUGGCUCAUUAUGGUUCUUUUACGCUAACUGGCUUAUGUUCAAUUAAACUGGACCACGGAAAUAUCUAGAGAAAACAAAAAAAAAAAAAAACUGAGAUUAGAUUACAUCCUCGACAUUCCUAAUCAAGCACUUUUAGGUCUGACUGAAAUAGAGCUGUUUGUUUGACUUUUAGCUAUCACUGAGGUAGAGCUGUUUGUUUUGACUAGCACCAUAACAAAAGUUUUUGUUCAUAUUGUAUAUGGAUGGAAUGGAGAAAUGAAAUGGAGAUGAAAC